GUAAAAGAAGAGUAAAGAUGGCGGAGAAUAGCGGCACGGAUCCUGCCGUGGAGACGAACACUGAGGAAAAUGCCGCCGCUAGCGCGACUAUCAUUAAGGUCACCGUCAAAACACCGAAGGAUAAAGAAGAAAUAGCCAUCGCCGAGGAUUCAUCUGUCGCACAGUUUAAAGAGGAAAUCUCCAAAAGAUUUAAGGCGAAGCAGGACCAGUUGGUUCUGAUAUUCGCCGGUAAGAUCCUGAAAGACGGAGAUACGCUUGGCCAGCAUGGCAUUAAAGACGGACUCACGGUUCACCUGGUCAUCAAAACCGCACAAAAGACUUCAGGUGGUGGUAGUUCGCAGACUUCUGCCUCUUCUGGCCCUGGACCAUCGCAGGGCAACACUGCUGGAACCGCUAACUCCAGCCCACCCGGCAACCUGGGCACACCCCAGGGAACUGGGCCAUCCCCAACCCCAACACAGCCACCCAAUAUACUAGCUGGGUUUGGUGACCUGUCAGGCCUGGCUAACCUCGGCAUGGGGUCCGCCAACUUCAUGGAGCUUCAGCAGCAGAUGCAGCGACAGCUCAUGUCCAACCCUGAGAUGCUGUCUCAGAUCAUGGAGAACCCGCUUGUGCAGAGCAUGAUGUCCAACCCUGACCUGAUGAGGCAAAUGAUAGUGGCUAACCCACAGAUGCAGCAACUGAUGGAGCGCAACCCGGAGAUUUCACACAUGCUUAACAACCCAGAACUCAUGAGACAGACAAUGGAGUUGGCACGAAACCCAGCCAUGAUGCAAGAGAUGAUGCGUAACCAGGACAGGGCGCUUAGCAACCUUGAGAGUAUUCCCGGGGGUUACAAUGCUCUUCGGAGGAUGUACACCGAUAUUCAAGAGCCCAUGUUUAGUGCUGCACGUGAACAGUUUGGAAAUAACCCCUUCUCGGCAUUGGGUGGAAAUGCUGAUAACUCCGGAACACCGCCUUCCAGGACAGAAAACCGAGAGCCUCUGCCAAAUCCCUGGGGGCCCCCUGACACCGCUGCCGCCACCACCACUGGGACAGCUACCACCACCAGCUCCACCACAAGCUCAACCACACCCAGUGUGUCCAACCCACUGGGCAUCAGCUCCCCUAGCCUUGGAAACGGUAUGUUCAACAGUCCUGGCAUGCAAAGCUUAAUGCAACAGAUCUCUGAGAACCCUCAGCUUAUGCAGAACAUGCUUUCUGCUCCUUAUAUGCGCACCAUGAUGCAGUCCCUGGCCCAGAAUCCUGAUAUUGCCUCACAGGUGUUGAUGAACAACCCUCUCUUUGCCGGAAAUCCACAGCUGCAAGAGCAAAUGAGACAGCAGUUACCUGUAUUUCUACAGCAGAUGCAGAACCCAGAAGCCCUUUCUGUUAUGACAAAUCCUCGAGCCAUGCGAGCCCUAAUGCAGAUCCAGGAGGGACUGCAAACCCUUCAAACCGAAGCCCCUGGCCUCAUGCCCGGUCUGAUACCUGGUGGCAUGGCUGCUGGUAUCCCUGGUGCCCCACUGCCCACAGGGGUGAACGUGACCCCCGAGAACCCUCCGCCCAAGCCAGGGCCCGCCCCUGUCCCCACCCCAGCCCCAACCCCCGCUGCUGGAACAAACACUGCCCAGCAGCAGCUCAUGCAACAGAUGCUACAGAUGUUUGCUGGAGGGAAUGCAUCGACUCAGACUCCGGAAGUGCGUUUCCAGCAACAGCUGGAGCAGCUGAGUGCCAUGGGCUUCAUCAACAGGGAAGCCAACCUUCAGGCCCUUAUCGCCACCGGGGGCGACAUCAAUGCCGCCAUCGAAAGACUGCUCGGCUCUCAGCCUUCCUAAUUCCAUCAACUGAGAGCGUGCGAAGGGAGACAAGAAGCAAACAUAGUCCUCAUCACAUAAAAUCUGACGAGCCCCAAAUAGACAGGAUUCCAAUUACUCAAUCUUUUUUUUUUUUUUUUUUUUUUUUCUAUUUUUUUUCUAUUUUUUUUUUUUUUUUUUUUUUUUUUUUUUUUUUUUUUUGGCUUCGAUCAGUCAGUCUCUGAAUCAAAAAGAAAUGAGGGUUUCAAAUUUGAAAAAAACCAAACCAACCAGAAUCUCUGUGGAAUGACAUCACACUAACCCCUCAUCACUAGUAAGAUGGGACAAAGCUUACAUUUGCUUGAACCAAGUUUGAGUUACCAUUCCUUACAAUUAGAACACACUCACCUGAGGCACUACUCAGUGGUUAGGGGAAUAAAAUCCAUACGCUUGAAUUCCGAGGCCCAGGGGGAUUCUUGUCUUCUGUGAAAAUGCUUGGUUUCCUUAAUUUCUCUCUUUCUCCUAAUUCAUGCCUGAUCAAACCAGUAUUUAUUGCAGAAACGUAGAGCUUUCCCUUUACUCCCUUUCCGCCCUCUUCAGUUGACGUUGAUUUUGAGCGUUCCUUGACAUUUUGAUGUGUUAAUCGAAAUCUAAUAGACAUGAUCAUGUUGGAGCACUAUAACACCUUGACUCUGAUCGCUUACACUUCAGCUAUUUUAGAAAGGAAUGAGUUUUGGAGAUGAGGUUUGGAAAAGAUAUUCGGUCAUCUCUUUAGUCGUUUGCCUUUGUGAGGAGUGUACAUGAAUUGACAGUAAAGGCUUGUCAUAUGGGUAAGGUUGUAACAAAGCAUCAAUAAAAUAUUUCUCAGCUUAA